GGCCAGACAGGCGGCACAAUACGGAACAGAGCGGCGCGAGCCUUCAGACGAAACAGCGGUCAGCCCACACAAACAGUAGCCGUUAUGUCAAGAAGUAUGUCGCCUCUAUGGGUUUGUAGUCUGCUAAUAUAAACAACGCAGACAUGACAGCUACCGUCCAUAUCUGCGCCACGGGUUGAGGCUGUUUUGAAUGUGUGAGUAAACUAUCCGGAGCCACCCCCUUUACACAACCUCUUGGAUACCGACCUCCCCGGGCGGCGGCGGCGGCUUCGGGUGUCCUAAUGGCGGACCCAACAGAACCAGCUCCCGGGAGCUCCGCGAAUGACAAAACCGAAGCGAUAAAUGAUGCAGAGCUGGCUCUGAAAGGAAUCAACAUGCUGCUCAACAACGGAUUCAAGGAAAGUGAUGAGCUCUUCAGGACAUACAGGAACCACAGUCCUUUGAUGAGUUUUGGAGCAAGUUUUGUGAGUUUUAUGAAUGCUGUAAUGACAUUUGAAGAGGAGAAAAUGCAGACGGCCUUUGAUGACCUCAAAUCCACAGAGAGAUUGUGUGAGAGUGAAAAUGCCAGCGUUAUUGAAACCAUUAAGAACAAGAUAAAACGGAGUCAGGUAGACUCCCAGAGGUCGGGGAUGGCUGCUUUGGACCGGCUGCAGAGGCAAAUCAUCAUAGCAGACUGCCAGGUUUACAUUGCAGUCCUUUCUUUUAUCAAACAGGAGUUGUCAGCCUAUAUCAAAGGAGGCUGGAUCCUCCGAAAAGCCUGGAAGAUGUAUAACAAAUGUUACAAUGACAUCACACAACUUCAAGAAGGCAGCAGAAGGAGGGCGUCCGAGCAGCAAGCAGUGCCUCUGCCGUCCACCUCAGAUCCAUCCCACAGCAGCCGAUCCUCCUCAACUGGACCCGGUCGGUCCCAGAGAUUGGACGGCAUCAGCCCAGAGGUUCUGGACCGGCUGAAAGGUUCUGUCAGCUUUGGUUAUGGCCUUUUCCACCUGUGUAUCUCCAUGGUGCCGCCACAUCUGCUAAAGAUCGUCAACCUGCUGGGCUUCCCUGGAGACCGCCAUCAAGGCCUAUCUGCGCUCACUUAUGCCAGUGAAAGUAAGGACAUGAAGGCCCCGUUAGCUACCCUUGCCCUGCUGUGGUACCACACCGUGGUUCAGCCCUUCUUUGCUCUGGAUGGCUCAGACACACAAGCAGGAUUAAUGGAAGCUAAAUGCAUUCUUAAACAGAGGGAGGCCACCUAUCCAAACUCCUCCCUCUUCAUAUUUUUUAAAGGCAGAGUUCAACGCCUUGAGUGCCAGAUCAGCAGUGCCUUGAAGUCCUUCAAUGACGCCUUAGAUUUGGCCUCCGACCAGAGGGAGAUUCAGCAUGUGUGUUUAUAUGAAAUAGGUUGGUGCAGCAUGAUCGAACUCAACUACGGAGAAGCCUACAGAGCCUUUGAGCGAUUGAAGGCAGAAUCUCGCUGGUCCCAGUGCUACUAUGCCUAUCUAACAGGCGUGUGCCAAGGGGCCACAGGUGAUCUGGAGGGUGCUAUAUCUACCUUUAAAGACGUUCAAAAACUUUUCAAACGCAAGAAUAAUCAAAUAGAGAUGUUUUCCUUGAAGAGGGCAGAGAACUUCCAGAGCCCAAGUCUAUCCAAAGAGCUCUGCAUCUUGUCGGUGAUUGAGAUUCUGUAUCUGUGGAAAGCCCUCCCCAACUGCUCCUCUGCCAACCUGCAAACAAUGACUCAUGUGUUGCAGGGGAUUGAAGAUGCGUCAUGGGCUGGCCUGAAAAACCUGCUCCUUGGUGCCAUAAGCGGAUGUCUACUUAAUACUAAAGAUGCCGUGCAGUAUUUCCAUCUGGCUGCAAGGGACGAGGUUGGACGUCAGUGCAAUUCUUACGUCCAGCCCUACUCCUGCUAUGAAAUGGCCUGUGUCCUGCUGAAUUCCCCAGAGACUGCAGCAAAGGGUCGAACUCUAAUGCUUCAGGCUAAGGAGGACUACGCUGGCUAUGACUUUGAGAACAGGCUCCAUGUUCGGAUUCACUCUGCACUCGCGUGUAUGAGAGGAGCAGCCCAGCCUUGAUAUUGGAUCAGCAUCUUAAACUAAAUCAAAGUACAAGUGGGAACCCUGAUGUUUUAUUGUGUUUUUAUUUGAAUGUCUAUUGGUCAAAAGGUCUCCAUGAAACACAAAAGUUUCAUGGUGGAACAUUAAGUUUUACAGACCUGCAGCUGUACUGCACAAUGAAUUAGCACAUAUGUUUCUUUCUAUUCUCAGUGGUUUGACUUAAAAGAUAGUUUGCACUUGUUUAAUGUAUUUGGCAGAUUUGUAGAAAUCUGUCAAAGUUCACAGUAAUUAGAGAAACAAAGUUAUAUUCUGUGAACGCAAAGAAGUGCUGUUAAAGUUUCUGUUGCCUAAAGUAGAAAGGACCUUAGUCUUGGUUUCUCAUCAUUUGUGUUUUAAAGAAUUUGCUAAACCAUUGCCAUAAUAUAUGACUAUUGUCCUACUUAAAGCAGAGUUCUUUUUGGGUGUAAAUAUGUUUUGAAUGCAUAUUUAUAAAAAUGUGCAGAAAUGUUCCACUUCUAAGUGGUGUAAAUACACUCUAAAACACUUUGUCAACAAGUUUUACUGUAUAUUAGAAGAUUAAUAAAAAUACUGUUGGAAACACAAACUUUCUUCAGCUAUCAAGCCAUUCUAAAGCAGAGUGAAGGUAUUCAAAUGGAGCAGUUACUGCAACUCGAGGACAUCUCUGAAGACAUAUCUCCAAGUAAAACCCUCUUCCAUAGGAAACAAAAACAGCCCCAGUGCAACAGCAUUAAUGCAACACUUAGUUAUUUUUGAGCUGCUGUUGUGGUUUGAGAAUACAUUUGAAUAUUUGUAAACAAUUCAAACAUAAUGGUGUCAUGCCUCUGAAAUACUUUAUAUAAAUAUAUCUCUUUAGCUUUCAGAAACACCUUAUAGCUGUAAUGCAUUUGGAUCUAUAUAGUUUAAACUUCAAGUCAGAUUAAAAAAGGCUUCAUUUUACAGAGGCUUGUGAAAAAGUUACAUUUUAAAUGGUGUCUUUCUUUCUGCUUGUUUAAUGAAACCAGAUGAUUUGCCUUACUUUUGGAUUUAGGUUCUAGAAUAAACAUCCAAUGUGUUUGGGUAUAUAACUUUUGAAUUUAUUCUACAGAAUAAUUUGUGCCAGGUUCCGCUACAUGAUUUAUUUGAAGGGAAUACCAGGGUGUCCAUCUGAUAACAUGAUUAAACCAAAGUAAAAAAAGGUAAACUAAAUUCUUUUAUUAGGCAGCAUAACUGUCAGAUGAUAGAAUGCUAGUACCAUGAGCCUUAAAUAACA